GGUUGCUAUAGUUGUGAAAAACUUAAUCUGAACCGCGGCAGAAAGGUUACAAAGGAGAUACUCCAGUUACUUUUGUUCGAGCGGAAUUCAAUCAGGUGACUCUGGGAGACUCUGCAAAAAUUACUGUCUCUUCAGAGGGAACUGCAAAGUACAACUUCACUAGCAGUUUUGAGUUCAAUCCUGAAGGAGGAAUCACUUUGAAUGACCUCGCUCACAAUCCUGUAUUCUUAACUGUGACUGAAAUUUUACAAAAGGAAAAGAAACAGAAAGAUGAGAAGAACUUAAUAUUAGGUCAAGCUGUGGUGGAUCUUCUUCCCUUACUGGAAGCAAUGCAGUCUUGAAGUUAAAGUAUCUGUGGCAGAGCCCUUACUGACUGCAGCACAGGUCUUGGGGAGCAAUCUACUGAAGGUCACGUUGGAGGGUGCCUACUCUGUGCCUGAAUCCUUCGUUCCAACAGGGACUCAGCAGAACUACAUGGUUGGUCUGCAGGUUCCAUCACUUGGAGAGAAGGACUAUCCCAUUUUAUUCAAGAAUGGAACACUGAAGCUUGGAGGGGAAAGAGAAACUUUUCCCCGACCCAAAAAAUGGCCUAUUCCCAACAUUCUGGCUCCAGGAGCUAAUAAUAUUCCUGAUGCGUACAUUGUUGGUGGUCCCUAUGAGGAAGAAGAAGGAGAACUCAACCACCCUGAGGACAGAGAAUUUAGGAACCAAGCAGAGUACACAAAGAAAAGGAUUAUUUGGGACUUGGAAAGUCGCUGUUACCUUGAUCCUCCUGCAGUUGUCAGUUUUCAGAAGCGAAUUGUUGAUUGCUGGCUUUGGCCUGUAGAGAUGAUAAGAGUUCCUCUGGUUAUUGCACCCAAAGGGAAAGCUGGAAAAACUGAAAAGACUGAUGAUGAAAGUCAGCUUUCAUUUCAUGGUGUGGCUUAUGUUAAUAUGCUCCCCUUGCUGUAUCCAGGUGUGAAGAAGAUUCGGGGAGCAUUUCAUAUUUACCCUUAUCUAGACAGUACAGUUUAUGAAAAGACCAAAUUGUCAUUCAGUUUGUUCCGAGAUACUGGUCAUCAUUUGAAUCAGAAUAAUAAAGUAGGAGGAAUUAAUUCUCCACUGACCAAACCACUUGUUUCUAAGAAUCUGAAAGAAGAUAAAACAGUCAAAGAAAAAGACAUAGAUGGAAAGAUUAAGCCUGGGGAUGUGCAAGCUCCUAGUAUAAAAUCUCAGAGUUCAGAUACUCCUUUGGAAGGUGAACCUCUUCUAAGCCACAAUGCAGAAGGACAGCAAUAUUUUGAAGCAGGGACAUACAUUGUGUUGGAGAUUCAGCUAGACAAAGCUUUGGUUCCAAAGCGAAUGCCAGAGGAGCUAGCCAGAAGGGUUAAGGAAAUGAUUCCUCCAAGGCCUCCCCUUAUCCGUUGGACAGGAGGUGCUCAGAAGGCAGUGAGUGAUUACCACACUCAGAUCAAGAACAUUUCUAAAGCCAUUCUCGAUGAAUACUACAGAAUGUUUGGAAAACAGGUUGGGAAUAACAUAGACAGUGAAACCUUAGAGGAGCAGAAGUGCCAGCUCAAUUAUGAAUUUAACUCCUCUGGAAAAUACUUUGCUUUCAAAGAACAACUCAAGCAUGCAGUGGUGAAGAUUGUGAGAGAGAAAUAUUUGAGGACAACGUCAUUUGAAAGCCAGGAGGAACUGCAGACAUUUAUCAGUGAGCUUUACGUAUUCUUGGUAGAUCAGAUGCAUGUGGCCCUAAAUGAGGCCAUGCCAGAUGAUGUCCAAAGCACUGUUUCAGCCAUUCAUACAAGCAGUGAACAGCUUCGACUCUUUGCAUUUGAAGCAGAGGUUAAUGAAAACUUUGAAAUGGCAGCAGUGUAUUAUAAAGAGAGGUUGGUCCGUGAGCCGCAGAACCUAGAUCACUGGCUGGACUAUGGUACCUUCUGCCUCCUAACUGAAGACAACAUCAAAGCACAAGAGUGUUUUCGGAAAGCCCUUUCCCUGAAUGAGAGUCACAUCCAGAGCUUGUUGCUCUGUGGUGUCCUGGCUGUCUUGAUGGAAAACUAUGAGCAAGCAGAAAUUUUCUUUGAGGAUGCCACUUGCUUGGAACCAACCAAUGUUGUAGCCUGGACUUUACUUGGUUUGUACUAUGAAAUUCAAAACAAUGAUAUUCGAAUGGAAAUGGCAUUUCAUGAGGCUGUCAAACAACUUCAGGCACGAGCAGUUCAAACACAAGUAACAAAGGAAAAGAGCACUGGAAAUGUAGAGUACGCUGAAGAAGGAGGGAAUAUAGAAUCCAGUUUAGGCCCUUGGGGAACCAUAAAUGAUUCUUCUACCGCAGCAGUCAAGGCUGUAGGAGCAGGAGGAGCAGGAGCUGCAUUAUCCAUUCUAGAUGAAUUUCUUGAAGAAUCUUCCAAACUGCCAUCUGAGUCAGGAGAACCCAUAUUGUCUACACAAUUUCAGGAUUCAAGUAUUGACCCCAAACAAUCCAACCUGUUUUUCAAGGAGAUACCGGAAAAAAAAGAAGCACCAAAAUGUCAAGAUUCAUCAGCUAUUCUGCAACCUGCUCCUUAUUCUGGUGUUUCCCAAACUCCUACUACAAUCUUCAUGGAGACCAUACGCUUCUUGAUGAAAGUCAAUGCUGUGCAGUAUGUGCACAGAGUACUCGCACAUGAGCUGUUAUGCCCUCAAGGAGGCCCCAGCUGUGAAUAUUACUUGGUGCUGGCCCAGACACACCUUCUGAAGAAGGACUUUACCAAGGCAGAGGAAUGCCUUCAACAUGCAGUCCGGCUGGACUACCUGAACCCUAAUGUCUGGGGCAUGAAAGGUCAUCUCUAUUUUCUGAGAGGAGAUCAUGCUGAGGCCAAGGCAUGCUACGAGCGAACCAUUAGUUUUGUAUUGGAUGCUUCUGAGAUGCACUUCAUAUUCCUGCGACUGGGGCUUAUCUAUCUGGAAGAAAAAGAGUACGAAAAGGCAAAGAGAACCUACCUGCAAGCCUGUAAGAGGUCACCUUCAUGUCUAACCUGGCUAGGAGUGGGAAUCGCCUGUUAUCGGCUGGAAGAGCUCAUGGAGGCGGAAGAUGCUCUCUCUGAAGCUAAUGUGUUAAACAACUACAAUGCUGAAGUAUGGGCAUACCUGGCUCUGGUCUGCCUGAAAGCUGGACGGCAACUGGAAGCAGAGCAGGCUUACAAGUACACACUAAAGCUGAAACUGAAAGAUGAGGCUCUACUUGCAGAAAUCCACACAGUACAGGAGAUGGUUGGCUUCGGAAAUCCAUCUUUCUGACAUCCUUAAAACUGAAGAAUUUUCUGUAUGGGACUCUGAGCUCCUUUCCUUUCCAGAGAAAGUUUCACCAUAUGAAGCCUAGAGCUGGAGAACCAAAGAAUGUUUGUUUUCAAUGAAGAGAAACUCAUUCAUUUAUUUCCAUUGGCUGUUACUGGAUGUUUUACUAAUCGAUAGUAAACUGGAUCAUAAUAAAAAUGUAAAUGAGACAGACAAUUCA